AUAAUCGCAUAAUAUGGUCAAAACCAAAAAGAUAAUCCAAAAAAAAAAAUUUGAAGUGAUUGGGGGAAUUGCAGAGUAGAAAGAAGCAAAGAAGAAGAAGAAGAAGAUGGUGAUGAGAGUGAGAUAGAUAAGAGCUCAAGAGUGAAGAGCUUCAAGUGUUUGUCUAACCCUAACAAUAAUCUAAAGUCCUCUUCCUCUUUCUCCAUGCGCACUUCCACCCACACUCUCUCACUCUCCCUCUCCCUCUCCCUCUCACAUCUCCGCCACUCCCCCUGCCGCAUCUCCCUUCCGCCGCCGUUACUUUCCCGCCGUCCCCGCCAAUUUCCCCGCCUCUCCGCUUCCUCCGGCACUUCCGCCGCCUCCGUACAACAACAAGAAGAAGAGUAUGAAUCGCUGCUGCCGGAAAUCGAGGCGUUCGAAUUCGAGAGAAGCGCGGGGGCGGCGGAAGAUAUGAGGAAGGUGUCAAGCGCGGCGGAGGUGGAGGUGAAGGAGCUGAAUGAGCUGCCGGAGGAGUGGCGAAGGGCGAGGCUGGCGUGGCUGUGCAAGGACCUUCCGGCGCACAAGUCGACGGCUGUGAAGAUACUGAAUGGGCAGAGGAAAUGGAUGAGGCAGGAAGAUGCCACGUAUCUCGCCGUCCAUUGCAUGCGCAUUCGCGAGAAUGAAACUGCUUUUAGGGUAUACAAGUGGAUGAUGCAACAGAGUUGGUACCGAUUUGAUUUUGCUCUUGCCACUAAGCUAGCUGAUUUUCUUGGUAGAGACCGAAAGUUUUCAAAGUGCCGCGAGGUAUUUGAUGAUAUUAUCAAUCAAGGUCGUGUUCCUAGUGAGUCAACUUUCCAUAUAUUAGUUGUUGCUUAUCUUAGUGCUCCUGUUCAAGGUUGUUUGGAUGAAGCAUGCAGCAUUUACAAUCGUAUGAUUCAGUUGGGUGGUUACCAGCCUCGUCUCAGCUUGCAUAAUUCCCUCUUCAAAGCUCUUGUCAGCAAACCCGGGAUGCUUUCGAAACAUUACCUUAGGCAAGCUGAGUUUGUAUAUCAUCAUUUGGUUACAAGCGGUUUUCAAGUGCAUAAAGAUAUUUAUGGUGGCUUAAUUUGGCUGCAUAGUUAUCAGGAUUCUGUAGAUAAAGAAAGGAUAGACGAAAUAAGGGAAGAGAUGGUACGUGCCGGAAUUGAGCAGGGAGGGGAGGUGCUAAUAUCCAUCUUGAGGGUUUGUGCAAAGGUGGGGGAUGCGGAGGAAGCUGAGAAGACUUGGUCCAAACUUCUUCAGCUUGAGAUUGAUCCCCCGCCUCAUGCGUUUGUGUAUAAAAUGGAAGUCUACUCGAAGGUUGGUAUGCCUAAGAAGUCUUUGGAGAUAUUUAAAGAGAUGCAGGAGAAACUAGAGACAACAAGUGCUGCAGCAUAUAACAAAAUAAUAGAGAUACUAUGCAAAGCACAAGAAUUGGAAUCUGCGGAAUCCAUUAUGACAGAAUUUUUGAAUAGUGGUUUGAAGCCACUGACACCAUCUUAUAUUAGUUUACUAAACAUGUACUACAAUUUGGAAUUACAUGAUAAACUCGAAGAGGCAUUCUUCCAGUGCCAGGAGAAAUGUCGUCAUAGCUGUACUGUAUACAGUAUAUAUUUGGAUUCAUUGGUGAAGGUUGGUAAUCUUGAAAAGGCUGAGAAUAUAUUUAACCAAAUGAAUCGCGAUGGAUCUGUUGGUGUUAAUGGCCGAUCAUGCAACAUUAUCUUGAGUGGAUACCUGUCCUCUGGAAAUCACUUGAAGGCUGCAAAGAUCUAUGACUUCAUGUGCCUAAAAAAGUACGAUAUUGAAGCUCCCUUGAUGGAAAAGCUUGACCAUCUCUUGAGCUUGAAUAGGAAAGUUGUUAAAAGACCAAUGAGCCUGAAGCUAACCAAAGAGCAGAGGGAAAUAUUAAUUGGGUUGCUUUUGGGUGGUUUGCAGAUUGAUUCUGAUGACCAAAGGAAGAAUCACAUUAUCCGUUUCGAUUUUAAGGUUAAUUCUAGCUACCAUUAUGUCCUGAAGAGUCAUAUACAUCGCCAGUUCUAUGAGUGGCUGCAUCCUUCUUUUAAGCUGAGUGGUGACAUUGACAAUGAGAAGAUACCAAACAAGUUUUGUACCAUUGGAAGCUCUCAUUUUGGUUUCUAUGCAGAACAGUUUUGGUCAAAGGGUCAGCCAACAAUUCCAACACUUGUCCAUAGGUGGUUGUCACCAUGUGUUCUUGCAUACUGGUACAUGUAUGGAGGCUGUCGAAAUUCGUCAGGGGAUAUCCUGCUGAAGAUAAAGGGAAGGCGCGAGGGGGUUGAGAACAUUGUCAGAAAGUUCAAAGCCAUGUCCUUGGACUGUAAGGUAAAGAGGAAAGGGAGGGUAUUUUGGAUUGGUUUUCUGGGAAGCAAUUCAUCUUCCUUCUGGAAAUUGGUUGAACCUUAUGUUUUAGAAGAUGUAAGGGUGUUUCCUGAAGCAGGUGACCACACAUUGGAGGGGGGUUCAAUGGAAAAUGAGAACAUUAAUUUCAAUAGUGAUUCUGACUGAUGAACAUACACCACAUUCAUGAAUCAUGAUCGGAUUUGGAGCUGCUUUUAUUCUUCUCACUGACACUGAAGUGGCUGCUAUGUUGCAAACUUCUGAAAUACCCCUUUUGUAUAUUCUUAAUCCCCAAUUGCAUAGAGAAAUGGACUUUCAUUGUAUUAGUUAUAAAAAUAAAUUGAACUAUUAUUGUUAUUCUA